AUGUCGUUUCGUAGCAUAGCUCGUGAUGUUAGGGAUGGUUUCGGUAGCUUGUCGAGACGGAGCUUUGAUGUGACAAUCGCAAGCCUUUAUGGUCUUACUGGGCAUCACAAGGGGAAGGCUCAAAGUUCAUUGGAUGACUUCCUUGAUCCAGCUCCUGUAAUUCAAGAGAGUCGGUGGGCAAGUCUUCCUCCUGAACUCCUCCAAGAUAUCAUACGGAGACUGGAGGCUGAUGAGAGCACCUGGCCAUCCAGGAAGCACGUCGUCUGCUUCGCGGCUGUUUGUAAGACAUGGAGGGAAAUGUGCAAAGAGAUUGUGCUGAGCCCUGAGUUCUCUGGGAAGCUUACGUUCCGAGUCUCUCUAAAGCAGCCUGGUCCUCGAGAUGGAAUGAUUCAAUGUUUUAUAAAGAGGAACAAAUCAAAAUCCACCUAUCAGCUCUACCUGUGCCUUACCAAUGUUGUUACUGCAGAAUCUGGCAAGUUCCUCUUAUCUGCUAAAAGGAACCGCAAGACAUCUUGCACAGAGUAUGCCAUCUCAAUGGACUCUGCCAACACCUCAAGAUCGAACAGAACCUACAUUGGAAAGCUGAGGUCAAACUUCCUCGGCACAAAGUUUUUAAUCUACGACACGCAGCCCCCGUACAACGGGGCCGUAGUGCCACCUGUUGGAAGAAGCAGCAGAAGGUUCAACUCAACAAGGGUCUCUCCGAAGGUGCCUGCCGGCAGUUACAACAUAGCUCAGGUGACAUACGAGCUAAAUGUUCUUGGCACGAGAGGGCCUAGGCGGAUGCGCUGCAUCAUGCACUCCAUACCAGCCUCGUCGGUUGAGCCCGGCGGUGUCGUCCCCGGCCAGCCGGAGCAGAUCGUGCCUCGGGCCCUGGGCGACUCGUUCCGCAGCAUCACGUCCUUCUCCCAGUCGUUCCGCAGCAGCGCCACCUUCUCCAGGUCCAUCAUGGACCAGUCCAUGGACUUCAACAGCGCGCGCUUCUCCGAGAUCAGCGGCUGCGGCGGGGUGACGGACGGCGACGGCGAGGGCGAGGUCAAGGAGAGGCCGCUGGUGCUCCGCAACAAGCCCCCGAGGUGGCACGAGCAGCUGCAGUGCUGGUGCCUCAACUUCCGCGGCCGCGUGACCAUCGCCUCGGUGAAGAACUUCCAGCUGACCGCCGCGUCGAACCCGCCGCCCGCCGGCGCCCCGACCCCCUCGCAGCCCGGCCCGGUCGACCCUGAGAAGGUCAUCCUGCAGUUUGGGAAGGUCGCGAGGGACAUGUUCACCAUGGACUACCGCUACCCUCUGUCGGCCUUCCAGGCGUUCGCCAUCUGCCUCAGUAGCUUCGACACGAAACUGGCCUGUGAAUAA